UCUUCACUUUUAAUCCUUUAACUAUUAGUCCUUGCUUGCUGUGCUAUUUUUUAGUCAUUUUUCAUCAAUUGAGAAUAUUCCCUACUUUUUUGUGCCUUUGUCAUUAACUCAUUCAACAUUUUAUUACUUCUAAAUUCAUCAUCCAGGAGAAACCAACCGUUUCUGAUCUUGAUCUUAGUUAUUGUAUUAAACAUAUCAGAUAAUUAUGAAAUCUCUAAAAUCAAGCAAAAUUUUGGAUCCUCCAUUUGGAUCUUCUCUUGAAAAGGCGUUUGAGAUGAAUCGUUCCCGGUUUUAUGUUAUUGAGGCCCCUUAUCUAAUAGAUUCAGCUAAUAAAGAUACCAUAACAACGAUUGGCUUGAAGUUACCAUCAAUCGUUAUAUCUUUGGUCAACUACUUUUUAAAUAACAAUGUCACAGAAUCCUUUAAUGUAUUUAUCGACCAUGGCAGUGAAUACUCUCUCCAGUUUUUAGUUAAUUUAUUUCGAAAUUAUCCUGAUAGAGCCUUGAAACUUCAUAAUGAAUAUAAAUUACCCAAAAGUAUUUUUAGGACAGAUCCGUCAAAUCAAACAAACCUAAUAAUCCAAAAAAAUCAAACAAAUCAGAUAAACCAAUUGCCUCAAUUCCAAAAUGAUCCAAAUAUAACUUAUCAAAAUGUUUUAAAUCACAACAACCCAAUCUCUAAUGUCAAACUUCUUCGAAAACAUCCUCAAACCAACCCAGAAAAUAGUAAUCAAAACUACGAUAAAAAAUUAAGUCGUCAUACUUAUUUUGAAGAUAAAUCCCCAACAAAUAACUUCAAUAUCAAAAGAUUCUCUCUUCCAACUGCAUCAAUCAAUAAAAAAUUUUCUUUAUCUUUUAAAAAUAAUAAUUGGAAUAGAAAAUCCUAUACUCCUUAUAAUAACAAUGGCAACAAAAAUGAGGAUAAUAACGAUAUUAAUAAUAAUAAUAUUUCUAAAAUUUCCCACAAUAACACUACUAUUAUUAGCAAUGCCACUGCUGAUUAUAAUAAUCAUAAUCAUAGUAACGAUAAAAGUCAAAUUCUUAGUAAUGUUAAUAAGGAUUUUUUAAACCAAAACGAUCCAAGAAGGAGAAAUAAAGAAAUAAAGAGAUGGGCUGCAGAUGAUAAUUUAAUUGAAUACUUUAUUACAAAUAAUGUUGCAAGCGAUGUUUUAAAACACUAUCUAUCUUGUUUGCCCGAGCCUUUAAUCUCUGACCAACAGUUCAAAAAAUUUUGCGAUAUUCUAGUUAAAAAAUGUCCCUUUUUUCUAUCUUUCCUAGGUGAAAGCAGUAUUCAUUCUAAUAUAUCAAUUAUUUUUAGUGUUAGUGAUCACAAUUUUUCUAUCCAAUCAGAAAAUUCCUCUAAGAUUAAAGCGGAAAUUAAAUUGAUUUUAGAUGAACUCAUUGACUUUACUCUUAAAGAUGUUUCGCAAUACUCAGCCUAUCAAUUGCAUCUAAUGAUAUAUUUAAUUAAUUUUUUUUCUCUAUUUUCUGAAAUUGAUUCUUAUCAAGAAGUUUUUAGAAAAACUAAGGUCAAUUCCUCUAUUAUUUCUAAAACUUUUGGUCCCUAUUUUUUCCAACUGAAAAGAACCACUACUUAUCAGACUGCAAAUGAGGCUCUAUUUUUAAGACUUUUGAUUGAUAAUUCUGGUUAUUUUAUCUAUAAUUUAUCAAUCAAUGACAAAAAAUAUAAAACUGAUAAAAUGAUUUUACAUGAACUUAAAUCGGAUGUUUAUUUCCAAAUAUUUCCAAAUUCCAAAUUUAAUAAUCAGAAUAAAAAAUUUCCAAACAAUACAGUCAAAUCUAAUGAAAAAUAUAUUGAUAACAAAUCUGAAAGAAUUGGACAAAACUAUCCUAUUGUUGAUAACUUUGUUUCAAUACCUACAAAUACUUUUUCAAAAGAACUUUCAAAAACCAUUUCAAAAGAUUUGAAUGAGGCAGAACAUCAAGUUUCAAAAACAGAAAAUUUAUCUGAAAAAUUUAAUAAAGAGGAAAUUGUAACCUCAGAUCCUGUUCAAUCUCAAUCAGAUACUGUAUCCAAAAACAUUGAAUCUAAAAUAGUUGAUUCUGAUGCUAAUCAGGUCAAAGUAAACAAUAAUAUUAACAAAGAAAACUCUUCUAAGGCAAAUAAUUCAAAGUUAGAAAAUAUUGAAUCAAAAAAACCUGAUUUAGAUUUAAUUAAUCCUCCAUUAAUGCAAUCUCGACCGAUUCAAUCUCCACCGGUUCAAUCUCCACCAGUUCAAGCUCCACUAGCUCAACACACAUUAUUCCAACCUCAAUUGACUCGAAAUUUAGUAAAUUUACCACAAAUGCCCCAAGUUGGCAUAAUUCACCAACCAAAUAAAAAUGGACUCUCAUCCAAUGAAAUUACUAACAAUCAAAAAGUCAAUCAAAAAGAAGUUUUUGAUCAACUGCCAUACAAUGUUCCCAAACUAAUGGUUCAAAACAAUUCUCCCCAAACAUUCCCAAAUAAGAUAAUUUCAGAACAAAUAACUCGACCAGAACUAGCUAAACCAAAACCAAUGCAGCCAAUGCAUUUUCCAUCAGAAUCAAUGGAACAAAAGCCAACUAAUUUCCAAGAUCAAACAUUCCAAAAAAGCCCUUCAAAUAAAACAUUUGAGAAACAAGCUUUACCUUUUAAACCUAUUUCCCAAAUUUCUAACUCAUUAAGUCUGUCUAUUAAGCCAAAUAUCAAACCGAUUGAAAUACCAAACUCUGAAUCUGAAAUUACAAAUACAUCACCAUGGUCAUCUCAAACAUCUCAAUCACGAACAUCUUUUGAAUUGAAAAAAUUUUUAACAUUUUCAAAAUCAGAAAAAAAAAAUUCACAACAGUCUCCUUCAUUAGAAAAAUAUUCACUAAUCAAGAAUAAUCUGGAUAACAGUAAUACAAAAAAAACUCGAAAAUCGCCUCAUCCUUUUAGAAAGUUAUUUAAAUCAUCAAAAUCUGAACCACCAUUGGUUGAAGAAUCAACAUCUCUAACUAUAUAUCCAGAAAAAAUUAAAGCAAAAACCUCUUCGACUUCAAAUGAAUUGGAAUCUAAAAAUCUUUAUAAAAACUGGACCCAAAAAAUAUUAGUAUCUGAGCAACAACACGAAAAUCAAAACGGUGAUAAUAAAUUUUUGGAACCGGUGAAAAUUGAAAUUUUAGAAGCUAAUAUAACUGGAAAUGGGGUUUUUUUUAAAGAUUUUGUAAAUUCUUAUAAAGAGCUUGAAGAACAAAUAAAUUAUGAGAUAAAAAGGGGCGAGGAUAAACGAAAUAACAAAGACAAUGACAGCGAAGAAAAUUCUAAAAUGAUUGGCAAAACAACACUACCUUUUUCUAUAAAUAAAACAAGCCUUGAGAAAAAAGAACCGUUGGUUAGAAAGAAACCCAUUUUAAUAACCAAAGAUGAAGAUGAUAUGGUUUUAGCCCUGGACGAAAAUCCUAUUAUUCCAAGAACUGAAACAAUUAAUGCAUUGGCUCCAUUUAUAUCAAGAGGAAAUGCACAACACAAAAGGAUUAAUCGAACCCCUUUGGCAAAAAUAUCAACAAUAUCACCAGUUUCGGAAAGUGUUGAAGAGGUGGAAAAUGAGGAUUUGAUUGAAAAUUCAAAAAACAUUUUAAAAGAAAAUGUAAACAAAAAUAACAAUAAUAUCAAUAUUCAGUCUGAUUUGGCUUUAUCUGACAAUGAAAAGGAUAUAAACAGAGAGUCUGAGAAUAAAUUGAAAAAUAUAUCUGAAAUUCAUUCAUUUGAUUUAAAAAUAAGAACAAAUCAAGGAAAUACACCUAAAAAGGAUUUUUCCGGAUUACCUGCUAGUUAUCUCAAACCAUUACCUUUAUUUCCACCAGAAAAAAUUGGAAAAGAAAAAGAAGAAAAAAAAAAAGAAAAUGAUUUCAACAAAAAUGAAGUUAGUGAAUUGCCUUCCAAUGAUAAAAUUAAGCUUGAUUUAUCAAGCCACCACACAGCACAAGAUAAUAACAUUAAAAAUAAGACCAUUCAAGAGAACAAAGAAAAUCAGAUGGGCCAGUUGGAUCAAUUGGAUCAAUUGGAUCUGUCUAUAAUUAGGAAUAGUACACUAAAAUGUAAUGAAAACGAGCUAGAAGAGUUUUUGCAGAAAUCUAAAAAUCUAUUGCCUGAUAAAUGUUACAUUCAAGAUCCCACAUUGAUUAGAGAUGCCAGUUGGAGCAUAAGUUAUCCUGAGCCAGAUCCAAAUCACAUUCCUUUGAAGACCCAAAAAUCACUAAGAAGAAAACCACCUCAGUAGCGAGUAAAUAGAAGCAAGCAAAUAGAGGCGAUGCAAUUGCAGUGUGUGCAACUUUAGCAUCGAUAUAUUAUCUUUCCAUCGUUUAUAGUUUAUAAUUAAUGAUGUUUUAUAUAUCUACUCACGAG